CACUAUUUUCAGAAAGACAGCAUUAAUUCAUCAAGCCUGGCGGCAGCGUUGAUAGAGUUUCCUUUGGGUAUAGAAAGCAAAACGUCCUUCUUAAACUAAUAUAAUGUCUGCAGGAGUUUUGAUAUUACGUUGGAUCAUAUCUGCUAUUUUGAUUUCAAAGAAAGAUUGCGUGACUGCAACUCUUGGUACCCCUGAGCAAAGAUUACGUCACAACCUAACAAAGGACUACCAGCCUGCCGUGCGGCCCCUCCUCAUGCCCAAUGACAUCAUCAAUAUCACUUUUUCUUUCCGCCUUAGCAGGAUCGUUGCUCUGGACAUAAAAAAUCAGGUUCUAACCACAGACGCUUGGAUUGUUCAGUCUUGGAACAAUCCUUAUUUAAAGUGGAAUGAAUCCGACUACGAAGGGUUACAUACACUACACAUGUCACCCCAUGAUGUUUGGGUCCCGGACACAGUGCUGUACAACAAUGCUGAUGAAGAUGCAACGCUGUCAGGAUUCAAAGAGAAGUUCAAGACAUACGUUAUGGUUUACAGCGAUGGCACUAAUAAAUGGAUGUCUCCUGCGACAUUCAAAAGCUCCUGUGACAUGAGGGUGACAUUUUAUCCGUUUGACACACAGGAAUGUAAAAUGACGUUUGGUUCAUGGACAUUCGACAGCAGGUUACUGAGAAUGAUUACUCCAGCUGGAAAAUAUUCACAUUCAGAAAAGUUUAUUGAGAGCGGAGACUGGACACUGGAAGAUGUGACAAUAGAGUCUGCCAAUGAAGAUUUUAACUGUUGCGACCAUCCGUUCUCUAAUAUCAUCUAUUCGUUCCAUUUUCAGCGCAAAACUUUGUAUCAUGUGUUGUACCAGAUCCUGCCUUGUGUGGUUAUAAUUCUCCUCGUUAUACUGAACUUUAUCAUUCCUCCUGAUAGUGGUGAGAGAAUCAGCUUUUGUAUCACCAUAUUGCUUUCUAUGAGUGUUUAUCUCCUGAUUUUGGCCGAUUCUUUACCGGAGACAUCCGAUGAUGUGGCAAUUCUCGGGUUGUACUACAUGGCGACUAUAUUUCUCAUUGGGUUCAGCCUCGUUGGCACAGUCGUUGUGCUUCGUUGCCACUUUGCCGAGAGAAAACCGUCGGCGUCCUUGGUCAAGUUCGCAAAGUUUGUGCUCAGGCGAAACGAAAGAAAGAAAACUAACAACACAGUGUUUGCAAGGUCAAAAUCACCAACAGACCCUCAAGAAACAGUAGAAAAUGAAGUAAAAAAGGCGGUAAAUACGCCAGGCGAUAACGACCCGGCAUUCCAUACAAUGAAGGAAAAGAGGGAACAGUGUGAGUGGAAGGACUCUUGGAGGGAGAUAGGGGAAGCGAUUGAUCGACUGCUUCUAGUUAUUUUCCUCACCCUAGGCUUCGCAGCUACGUGUGCAAUUUGGAUUCAAAAGCCUUGAGUUAUGAACUCCUGUCUUGUAUUAUGGAUGGGACAUUGCCAUAUGGUUGACGAAGACGAUAAUCGCUAAGCAUUUUGAUAGAAAGACACCAAUUGGUUAAUUCAGAUAGACUAGGAGAAUUUCUUUCUCGUAGCUUAGUCCGUCGCGCUAUAUCAAAGUCAUCUGUGCAUGGAAUAAUUUUCGGUCACACCCAUAAAGGGACGGUUUUCAAUAAGUUCAGUUGCGCACGGCGCUGAGCACUUUGUUCAUCUGUUUGUUUGUUAGUUAGUUAGUUUGUUAGUUAGUUAGUUAGUUUGUUUUUUGCCGAGAUCUUUGCACGCGCGAAAGACUAACCUGAGAAAGAAAAACUUCUCCUUAUUGAUUAAAGAGGACUGUAAGCCUAGACCGUGGAAUUGAUUGUGCAUUUUCAAAUUCAUUUGGGGCCGAGGAUUAAACAGACAUGAAAUUAUCAUAG